UGCACCGGCGGGCGGGCGGAGGCCGCGCUCCUGCUGGCUCCGCGCUCCGUCCCGGCCGCAGCUCGGGGCCUGGAGGGGCAGUCCCGGGUGCCCGCCGGCCGCGCCGCCCUUCCGGGCCCUGGCCGUCCACCCGCGCUCCCACGCGGGCUCGCCGCCUUCGCGCUCCCGCUCGGGGAGUCCCCGGGCUGCCGGGCGCGGGCGGACCCCCCCCCCAUGGGACGAGGGUUGCAGCGACUGCGGCGGAGCGAGGCGUGACCCGCGCGGCGAGCCUGGGCUGGGGGCGUGCGCCGAGCGGGGUUGCCCGCGCGACCUUUUCCUGUUCUUGCAGGCGGCUGAUGGUGAGACCAUUCUGAAAGGCCUCCAGUCCAUUUUCCAGGAGCAGGGGAUGGCAGAGUCGGUGCACACCUGGCAGGACCAUGGCUAUUUAGCAACCUACACAAACAAGAACGGCAGCUUUGCCAAUUUGAGAAUUUACCCACAUGGAUUGGUGUUGCUGGACCUUCAGAGUUAUGAUGGUGAUGCGCAAGGCAAAGAAGAGAUCGACAGUAUUUUGAACAAAGUAGAAGAAAGAAUGAAAGAAUUGAGUCAGGACAGUACUGGACGGGUGAAACGAUUACCACCCAUAGUGCGAGGAGGAGCCAUUGACAGAUAUUGGCCCACCGCCGAUGGGCGCCUGGUUGAAUAUGACAUAGAUGAAGUGGUGUAUGACGAAGAUUCACCUUAUCAAAAUAUAAAAAUUCUACACUCGAAGCAGUUUGGAAAUAUUCUCAUCCUUAGUGGGGAUGUUAAUUUGGCAGAGAGUGAUUUGGCAUAUACCCGGGCCAUCAUGGGCAGUGGCAAAGAAGAUUACACUGGCAAAGAUGUACUCAUUCUGGGAGGUGGAGACGGAGGCAUAUUGUGUGAAAUAGUCAAACUAAAACCAAAGAUGGUCACUAUGGUAGAGAUUGACCAAAUGGUGAUUGAUGGGUGUAAGAAAUACAUGCGAAAAACGUGUGGCGAUGUCUUAGACAAUCUUAAAGGAGACUGCUAUCAGGUUCUAAUAGAAGACUGUAUUCCGGUACUGAAGAGGUAUGCCAAAGAAGGGAGAGAAUUUGAUUAUGUGAUUAAUGAUUUGACAGCUGUUCCAAUCUCCACGUCUCCAGAAGAAGAUUCCACAUGGGAGUUUCUCAGACUGAUUCUUGACCUCUCAAUGAAAGUGUUGAAACAGGAUGGGAAAUAUUUUACACAGGGGAACUGUGUCAAUCUGACAGAAGCACUGUCGCUCUAUGAAGAACAGCUGGGGCGCCUGUAUUGUCCUGUGGAAUUUUCAAAGGAGAUCGUCUGUGUCCCUUCAUACUUGGAAUUGUGGGUAUUUUACACUGUUUGGAAGAAAGCUAAACCCUGAAGAUCAAUAGCCCCUAAUCACAUGUGCUGCAAAUAGCCUUCCUGACCUCCAUAUGCUGUACAUGACAUCAAAAUGAGUCAGGCAAUUGAUUGUGAAUUCCUUAAAGUUUUCCUUUUUUUAAUAAUUAUUUUUAAUUUAAAAAAGCAAAUGGAAAAUGUAUAUUUUGGUGAGCUUAGGGUGUUUUUUUUUUGAAAGUCAGCUGAAGGAUGGUUAGACAGCACAGCGAAGACUGCUAAAUGCACUGACCGCCCCCCCCAUUAGAAUGUGAUUUUUGUUCCUUUUUAUUUCUCUGUGGGCUUUUGUUUUUGUUUUUGUUUUGGUAGAUCUUCAAUUUGGAUAUUUGGAGGAGUGAACAUCGUUGUUUUUGCUGGAGGGAAGAUCUUGAUGGUGUUUCUUUCCCCAAAAAUUGACUUAGAUAUUAAAAUUUGGUGCUUAUAAGAGAGAGUUAAAAAAAAAAUAGGAUUGCUUCAAUUAAAAUUACAAAAGAGACA